CUAAAUACCGGAGAAGAAGACGGUUACUGGGGUAACGUCAACAUCUCGAGCUGCUAACUUUCUUACAGCUAACAUGACGCUAUGUGAAAACCAAUUGAACCUGGGAAACUAGCCUUCUAAACAGACCAUUCGGUUCGAAAUAUUGCAGAUCUAUACUGUCGACGAAAACGACCAAGAAGGAGUCCAGUGUGAGUGGUUUUAGGCAACAUGGCGAGCCAGCGGCCUCCCUCAGGCAUGGGCCGCCCAGUGAGCCGCAGCGGGUCCGUACUCCCUGGUGCUGGAAGACCCCCAACGGCCCUUAGACCUCCACCCACAGCCAUACGUGUUGCGACUGGGAUGGUUCCAGGUACAAGUGGUAUGAGGGGUGGCAUUCCCGUCGCUACUCCUGGAAUCCUGUCAGCACCGAUCAAAGUGACUGACAGGCCUGUCACCCAGCAGGGGCUUAGUGGGAUGAAGACUGGCAUGAAAGGACCUCAGAGGCAGAUUCUGGAUAAGUCCUACUAUUUGGGCCUCUUGAGGAGUAAGAUCAACGAGUUAACCACGGAGACCAGCAAACUACACAAAGAGAUUGACAAUUACAACCAGGAGAACUCCGUUUAUCUCUCCUACGAGAAGAGAGCCGAAGGCCUCGCUGUAGAGAUUAAGGAGCUACAAGGCCAGCUUGCUGAUUACAACAUGCUGGUGGACAAGCUCAACACCAAUACAGAGAUGGAAGAUAUGAUCAAUGACUACAACAUUGUGAAAGCCCAGAAUAACAGCGAGGCUGAAAGCAUUGAUAGCAUCUUCACUGAGAGGAGAGAAAGAGAGGAGGCUAUCAGGGCGAUCGAAGAAGAGAUCAGGAAGGAAAGGCGGGUCGCUGAUGAGGUUGUUCAGGCUAUGCCUGCGGCAAAGCAAGAGAAGUAUUUCACCAUGACAACAGCCAAUGAGGAGCUGCUACAGGAGCUGGCUGUUCUCCAGGAGGACCUGGACAUUCUGAUAACCCGGAAGGAGGAUUAUGAAACAGAGCUGGCCCACUCGUACGUAAAACAGGAAGUGGUUCGUCUUCAUGAGACUCUGUCAGCGCUGGAAGCAAAGCGCGACACCAUGGAGGCUGAGCACAAGAGCCUGGGCUCCCCGCAGGAGGAGAGGGAGAAAUUAUUUAAACAGGUGAAGGAGGACAACCAGGAAAUCGCCAGCAUGGAGAGACAGCUUACAGAGAUCAGGGACAGGACCGGACAUAUCACGGAGGAGAUCCGACAGCUGGAGCAGGACUCGGAGGAGGCACAGGGGGAGUGUCAGCAGAAAUACAAAGAGCUGAGAAAGAAAGAGGAGGAAAUUGACCGAUACAUGGAGUCAUUUGAUGAGUUCAGGGCUCAAGAGGAGGACAAGAUGACACAGAGCCAAGAGAACAUCAUCUCCCUUCUGGAACACUGCAGCAGGAACAUGUUGCGGCUGCGUCUGGUGGAUACAGUGACAGCCAGCGAGCUCAGAAACAUGCAGGAGGUGCUGGUCAGCAAGGAGACUGAGGUGGUCCAAUCAGAGAGCACAGCCAGGGGACUGACAACUGAGUCCCAGCGUCUGCAGCAGGACCUGGAAAAGGUGCAGCAGCUGGAGGGGAAGAUCACAGGUGAGCUGAACAGCCUGAAGGAGCGCAUCAGCACCAUGGAAUCUGAGCUGCACACCUACCGAGACCUGGACACUCUGAGGCACACAGCGGAGGAGAAGAAAAAAAGACUGCAGGAGGAGCGGGUAUCACUGACUCAGCGUCGCGAUUCGUUCAAGCAGCUGCUGGAGGACAUGAACCAGAAAUAUGAAGCUCUGAAGACCAAACUGCAAGAAAACGAGACUCACGCUCAGCUGGCUAACCUUGAGAGGAAAUGGCAACACUUGGAGCAGAACAACUUUGUAAUGAAAGAGUUCAUCGCCUCUAAAUCUCAGGAGAGUGACUACGAAUCGGUCGCCAAGAACGUCUAUCAACAAGUGGCGGAGUACAACAAGAGUCUGAUAGACUCCUUACAAAACAACAGGAGUUAAACACACAUAGGAAACAUCUGCUGUGUUUAAGACGUCUGCGGUCUCACAGCAAGUGUCUCUGUUGCUGCUCGCUUAUCCAGCACCUUUCAGUUAAUGGCAUGACAAAGGGAUGAGCACAUGGUGAUGUGGUGUCCUGACAAAAGCACUGACGCGUAACAGUGUGUCUGUUUGCUAUUAGGAUAAGCCUGCACAGAAAUGGCUAAUUAGUUGCUCAAAUCUUCAAAUUUCAAAAUUUUUUGUUCAGUAUGUGAGGAAAAUAGCAUAGUUUUUUUCCAUCCUUUGGGGGGGAAAUAAAAAAAACUAAAUUUGUGUAUCUAGUUAAAGUUUGUAAGUAUUCAUCUACUGUAUUUUGUAUUUAAACGUACUGGGGCCUCUGCUGCAUUACAUGUAGGUCCUAAAUGCUGUCAUCAUUUGAAUAAAGAGGUUUUGAGAAAAUUCAAA